AUGGCGCAAUUGUAUUCUUCCGUGAAACCCACGCCAAUGUUGAAAGAUGAGCUAGACAUUGUGAUACCUACGAUUCGAAACCUAGACUUCCUUGAGAUGUGGCGACCUUUCUUUGAACAGUACCAUUUGAUCAUUGUUCAAGAUGGUGAGCCUUCGAAAGCCAUCAAGAUUCCAGAAGGGUUUGACUACGAGCUCUACAACAGGGACGACAUCAAUCGAGUCUUGGGUCCCAGGGCCUCUUGCAUUUCCUUCAAGGACUCUGCUUGCCGUUGCUUCGGUUACAUGGUUUCCAAAAAGAAGUACAUCUACACCAUUGAUGAUGAUUGCUUUGUUGCAAAAGAUCCAUCUGGGAAAGAGAUCAAUGCUCUUGAGCAGCAUAUCAAGAACCUCUUAUCUCCAUCAACCCCACAUUUCUUUAACACACUUUAUGAUCCAUUCUGA